UAAUAAUAAAGUAAUUUUAACUACACAAAGAUCAUCAUUGGGCGAAGAUUAUGAAAAGGAUGAGGACUUAUCUCCAAAUUUUCAUCGUAAGAUGAUGAUUAAUUUUCCUUAAUUAUUUUGUGUACAUAUUUUUGAGAAAUGAUUAUAAUUGCGUAUUUGUUUUCAGGAAGAAUUGUUGUGCCCAGUCACUUUUUGCUCAAAAUCGAGUCAUUUCACUCUCUUUCAAAAGCCUCAGCAGUAGUUAGCUACAAAUCCGAAUUUGAAACCGGAGACUACAAAUGGCAACUAAGUAUCUUCCCAAAUGGGGACACUGAAAAUGGUGGGGAAGGUCAUAUGUCUGUUUCAUUGGAACUCCUAAACUCAAAAUCUCUCCCUAUUGGUUGGGAGGUACAUGCUCUCUUCACUUUUUUUCUAUAUGAUCAGAUUCGGGACCAGUAUGUAACCUCUCAAGGUAAUGCAAAGCUAAUGAGGUUCCACUCAAUGAGGACAAAAUGGGAUAUUCCCAAAUAUAUUGAGCUUGAGACAUUCAACGAUGGCUCCAAUGGAUACCUUGUGAAUGAGAGUUGUGCUUUUGGUGCAGAGGUUUUUGUGGUCAAAAACACAUUCAAAGGAGAGUGCUUAUCAAUGAUUGUCGACCCCAUUGAGACCAUUCAUACUUGGAAGUUUAAAGCUAUUUCAAUAAAGAAUCAAGAAUGGUAUGAGUCUGAUCCAUUUGUAGGCUCCACCAACAAAUGGUAUGUAAAAAAAAUAUUUUUUAUAUUUUAUUCAAUUGGCAUGUUUUAUUUUGUUUUGUUAAUUCUGAUCAUGAACAGGAGGAUUGUGGUUUAUCCUAACGGGUCAGUAGAAGGCAAAGGAACACACAUUUCAUUAUUUUUGCAAUUGCAGAUUUCAAGUCUUCCACCAGACACAAAACUCUUUGUUCGUUACGUUUUGCGUUUAAAUAACCAAACUAAUAAUCGAAAUAAUUUUGAGAUAGAAGGUAAGCCAAUCGUGUUUUCUCAUCAUCCAGUACGUGUUGGGGUUUUCAACAAUUUAUGCCGCUCGCAAAAUUAA